CCUCCAGAUCUGUCUUACUGCCGGUAGGGUUCUCCUGGGGGAAAUAACAACAACGGUGACCAAUCAACCACAACGAACAUUUCACAUUGGUUCCGCUCUGCUCCCUGGUCUGAAGUGACAGCUGAGUUAGCGCAAUGUAUCGCUCUUUGAGAAACGUCCAGCGAUUUAACGGCCAACUCCAGGCGUUGCAGAGGAACCUAGCCAACACAAAGCACAGUCCUGCAGCAGGAGUCAUCUUCACAUCCUCCAGAAUGUCUUCAGAGUACAGAAUUGAAGCAGACACCUUUGGAGAGCUGAAGGUGCCAGUUGACAAGUAUUAUGGGGCUCAGACUGUCAGGUCCACCAUGAACUUCAAGAUCGGAGGACCGUCGGAGAGAAUGCCAAUCCAGGUGAUCAAAGCCUUUGGCAUUCUGAAGAGGGCUGCUGCAGAGGUCAACAAGGACUACGGACUGGACCCGAAGCUGGCUGAUGCCAUCGUGCAGGCUGCUGAUGAGGUGGCAGCUGGUAAGCUGGAUGACCACUUCCCUCUGGUGGUGUGGCAGACCGGGUCAGGAACUCAGUCCAAUAUGAACGUCAACGAGGUGAUCAGCAACAGGGCCAUUGAGAUCCUCGGAGGGAAGCUGGGGAGCAAGGACCCUGUUCACCCCAACGACCACGUCAACAAAAGCCAGAGCUCCAACGAUACGUUCCCCACAGCCAUGCACAUCGCAGCAGCCAAAGAGGUCCACGAGGUUCUGCUGCCCGGUCUACAACACCUCCACGACGCCCUGCACGCCAAGGCUGUGGCGUUUAAAGACAUCAUCAAGAUCGGACGUACGCACACACAGGACGCUGUGCCGUUGUCUCUGGGACAGGAGUUCGGUGGGUACGUGCAGCAGGUAAAGUACAGUAUUGUGCGAGUGAAGACGGCCAUGCCCAGAAUAUAUGAGCUGGCAGCGGGAGGUACUGCCGUGGGCACAGGCCUCAACACACGCAUCGGCUUCGCUGAGAAAGUAGCAGCUACUGUCGCGUCUCUCACAGGUCUGCCUUUCGUGACGGCUCCCAACAAAUUUGAGGCUCUGGCGGCCCACGAUGCUCUGGUGGAGCUGAGCGGAGCGUUGAACACGGUGGCCGUCAGUAUGAUGAAGAUCGCCAACGAUAUCCGCUUCCUGGGGUCCGGGCCCCGCUCUGGCCUGGGAGAACUCUCUCUGCCUGAGAACGAGCCUGGUAGCAGCAUCAUGCCUGGGAAGGUUAACCCCACCCAGUGUGAGGCCAUGACCAUGGUAGCAGCCCAGGUGAUGGGGAACAACGUGGCUGUGACCAUCGGAGGAAGCAACGGACACUUUGAGCUUAACGUCUUCAAGCCAAUGAUGAUUAAGAACGUGUUGAACUCGGCCAGGCUGCUGGGGGAUGCCUCAGUCUCCUUCACUGAUAACUGUGUGGUGGGCAUCGAAGCGAACAUCGACAGGAUCAACAAACUCAUGAACGAGUCCUUGAUGCUGGUCACCGCCCUCAACCCACACAUAGGUUACGACAAAGCUGCUAAGAUCGCCAAGACGGCCCACAAAGAGGGAGGAAACCUCAAGGAAACAGCUAUCAAGCUGGGCUACCUGACGGCAGAAGAGUUUGACGCGUGGGUCAAGCCACAUGAGAUGCUGGGACCCAAGUAGAACACGACACACUGCAGAAUGUCCAUGGUUAUAAAUGUCUUUGUGUCUUUGUACAAAUAAAAUAAAACAUGUUUUUGUUGGAA